AACAACUGCGAAGAGGGUACAGUGUUGGCGAACUACUCUCACCUCACUCACUGUCGCUGCCUCACAUGCACCAUUCAUAAAACUUACCUACAUCUAUCUGCAGAACCCUUCUCCUCAUUUUUCGAGUGUGUGAAAAAAAUGGAGGUGGUUGGCUGCUCCCUGUGGGACAACUGGGUGGAAGAAGCUCUGUCGAAGCUUGAAUCCCUCAAAGUCUUGCGUUCCCUUAGGCCCAUUCAUCUCCCCAAUGGAGUUGCCCAUCAACCCACCUUCGUUGAAAAUUGUUCGUCGAAUCCCAAUCAAGAAUUUCAGGUUUUUGAUGGUCCAUGUGAGUGGGACAGAGCUUCUGUUGAAGUGAACAUUUCUGAAUCCACAUUCCAAAAAUGGCUGCACGAUGUCCCCAGUUCGGGGGAUGACAAUGAUGCCAUUUAUGAGAAUGUAAGAGAUGAUGACCGCGUAGAGCUAACUGAUGGAAAGCUUAGGAAAUUGAUUGUUUUCUCUGGAAAUGAUUACAUGGGACUGAGUUCGCAUCCAAUGAUCAGGAGUGCAGCUAGCAAGGCAGCUCAGGAACAUGGAAUGGGUCCAAGAGGUUCUGCUUUGAUAUGUGGGUACACUAGUUACCAUAGGUUACUGGAGUCAUCAUUAGCCGACUUAAAAGGAAAAGAGGAUUGCCUUCUUUGUCCGACAGGCUUUUCAGCCAACAUGGCCUUUUUGACAGCGGUUGGAAAUAUUGGUUUGCUCUUAGCUGGCGGCAAACCUUCAUAUGAUGAUAGAGUUGCUAUAUUUUCUGAUGCGCUGAACCAUGCAUCAAUAAUUGAUGGUAUUCGCCUUGCUGAGAAACAAGGAGGUGCUAUGGCAUUUGUCUAUAGGCACUGUGAUAUGUGCCAUCUCGAUGAAUUGCUGUCAAAUUGUCCAAUGAAGAAAAGAGUCGUUGUAACUGAUAGCCUGUUUAGCAUGGAUGGAGACUUCGCACCCAUGGCUGAGCUUGCAAAACUCCGUAAGAAGCAUGGGUUUCUGUUUGUAAUUGAUGAUGCUCAUGCAACAUUUGUUUGUGGAAAAAGGGGUGGAGGUGCUGCCGAAAUGUUCAACUGUGAAACUGAUGUUGACAUUUGCGUAGGCACUCUGAGUAAAGCAGCAGGUUGCCACGGUGGAUUCAUAGGAUGCAGCAAGAAAUGGAAGCUGCUAAUCCAAUCCCGGGGUCGGUCUUUCAUAUUUUCAACUUCCACACCAGUGCCCAUUGCUGCUGCUUCUCAUGCUGCUGUUGUUGUGGCAAAGGAAGAGGCAUGGCGUAGGAGUGUUAUCUGGAAUCGGGUCCAAGAGUUCCGUGCUUUGACAGGAAUUCCUGCCGAAAGUCACAUUAUUUCAAUUAUUGUGGGGAGUGAACACAAGGCCCUGCAAGCUAGCAGGCAUCUUUUGAAAUUAGGUUUUCACAUAACUGCAAUCAGACCUCCAACAGUACCACCAAAGUCCUGCAGGUUAAGGAUAACUCUGACUGCAGCACACACAACGGAUGAUUUGCGGAAGCUCACAGACGCGCUGGCACAGUGUGUCAAUUUUCAGGAGAUUGAAGCGCUUAGCACAAUUUGCUUCCCCAAGCUUUAGCUUUCUCUGUUCUUUUACUUAUUUUGGCUCCUUUUCUUCAAGUAGAUUAAAGUACACCGAACUUCUGAGUGUAGUUGUUCUGAUAUAGCAUCUCAGAGCUCAUUUCUGACCAGAUAGUAAAAUAGACAUUUGAGGCGGAUAGUCUCAUAUGAGCAUUUUUGCGAUCUCUUUACUGCAAAGUAUGUAAAAAUCACUCUAUUCAAUCAACUGCCUACUUACUAAUAAACACAGGCUCCUCAUAAUUCAA